ACUAGUGCUGGUAUUAUUGGGCCACCUUCGAUCGUCGUGUAGUAUAGCCUCAUCCCGUAAUUUAUUAUCACCAUAUUAAUUCAGCUUCCAUCCGCACCCUAAAUCAGACACUAGCUCUUGGUUCUCACAUUUGGUUGAGGUAAAAUGCCAGAGUGGUAUAUGGAAAAGUUGACCCAGUAAUCAGAUCCAAAUACUGAACUAACUUCAUGAACUCAGUUUUUAUUUUUAUGCAAACUUGCAUAUUCAAUAACUGUAAAAUUGUAUUAUUGCCUAAUGAUUUUGAAUCUAAAUCCUGAAAUCCAAUUUUCUAAUCAUAUUUUCCUUUUGUACAGUCAUCAUGAAUGAUAAUUUCUGUAUGAAUAUAAGUUUUCAUUUACCCAUUUUUUUUAUUUUAUAAUUGAUUGCAGUAACUAAGGAAGUUAUUUAACAAUUCAUUAAAUAAUAAUUAUACUAUGUGGUAUUUGGACUUGCAAUAUUUAGUUGACAAAAUCCUUUAUAGAUUGAAAUUACUGAAUUCAGAAAUUUUUAUAGUGUGACCCAAAAUACUGAAAUAAAACAGGACCCAUGUAUUACGGCCUGCAGGUUGGAUCUGGCCCCCCAAAGUGUUUCAUCUGGCCAACCUGUGUCAGCUGAAAUUAUGACUAUAUUUUAUGCAUAAAAAUUUGCAUUGGAAAUAUUGAUGAAAAUAAUGCCAUAAUGUCCCCGAUUAUUAUUGUAUAAACGUUGUUGGACUAGCUCUUGUAAAUAGACUGUUUUUUAUUCAUAAUUUUUCAUAUUGAGGUUCAAGCCUCCGGCCCAUUAACCAAGUCUAUUAUCUGUAACUGGCCCGCACUGACACAGAAAAGUAAUUGCCCAUCCCUGGGUUAAAGUUAGCAAACUAAGGGUAACAAUCUUAAAAGCACCACAUUUUCAAACUCAAAGAAAUCAUAGUAUAGUCUUCUUUUAUUUUUAAUAUUUUUCAAAUAUGUUAUAAUUUACCCAUAUCUGAAUCGAUGUUAUCAUCCCAGGUUAACUAUCGCCUGAUAUGCUCAGUUCGCUGUGGUGUUAGUUCUUAAUAAAUUGCAAGUAUUUAGAUAUAUUUUCUGGGCCUAAUAUUCUUGUCUCUUGUUUUUUGUCUCUUGUUCUCUAUGGUAAUUAUAUUAUUCAUGGUGCAUGCACUUCAUUAGUAUUACAAUUAAAGACUGUAAAAUGACUCUUGAAUGCUGAGUGAAUCAUUUCAACAUAGCAGACAAAUAGGUUUUUCUGCAUUUUUCUCACGGUUUUAGGAACAAAAGAGCUAAUUUCUGAAAGAUAUACAAACAAAUAAAGAUGAGUAGAAAUGUAAAAUCAAGCAAAAUAUUUUUGACUGAUUCCAGAAUAUCUGAAGAUGGGAGUCUUCUCAUUUGCGGACAAUAUUCGAAGGAUGAAGAUGAAAUCAAUAACCUAAUGGAAAGCAUAAAAUCUGAAACUGCCUCAUUCAAGCCCAUCACCAAUGCAGAGCUUGGAAACCCAUGUUUAGCUUUGUUUGCUGAGGAUGGACAAUUGUAUCGAGGAAAAUUAAUUUCUAAGGCCAGCGACUCAUAUUUAGUGGAAUUCAUUGAUUACGGAAACAUUCAAAGAACAAAGAUCGAAGACCUAUGGCAACUACCUGAACACUUUCAAAAAAUAGAUCGGAAGUCUUGUGUAUUCAAGCUUUGUAUCGCUGGAACAUCCGUUAAAUCUGCUGCAUUGUGGACACCGAUUAUCCCAUCUGUCAUUCAGGAAGAAUAUCUUUAUUCAGAAAUUGAAAUUGAAGAAAGUGUCGACAUCGAUGGUUCAAUAUUAUGCCAGUCUAUUGAUGCAUUUCUGAGAAAUAAAAAGCUUAUUGAUGAUGAACAGCAGUAUCCAUUCAAUUUAUGCUCUGUCGGAAGUAAAUUUGAUGCUUAUGUAGUUCACUCCUCUGCAGAAGGACACAUACAAAUUCAGCUAAAAGCAACUGAAAAAGAUUUGAAUGCAUUGAUGGACGAUAUUGCCACGUUUUAUACAUCUGCAACACUCACUGACUUGGUACUACAGCCAGAAUCAAUUUCUAUUGGGUCUUUAGUUUGUGCUGUAUAUAGUGUUGAUGGAGGGUUCUAUAGGGGUCAGGUUAGAAAGAUUGAUCGAGACAAAUGCUUUAUUUAUUUUAUAGACUAUGGUGGCGUAGAAGAAAAAUCCAUCAAUAAUUUGUUUAAAUUACCUGACAACCUAUGCAGUUUACCUUAUCAGGCAAUAGACUGCAAAUUUGAUGGAAUUGUCUUCUCAACAUCUUUUGCAAUGGAUAAAAUCUGUGAAACGAUCACCACUUUUGCUGAGGAUAAGAUCUUUUCUGUGACAGUGAAACAAUGUUUGACUGCUCACACCUUGCUCGUGGACAUGCAUGACCAUGCCACUGGAAAAGACUUUGCGGAACAUUUGAUAGAAAAUGGUCUCUCAUCAUCAAAAAUUGUAAAUCAAAAUGUACCUAAUCAUAAAACUUAUCAUGUUGGGGAAAAAGCCAAUAUGCUUAUGACUUGGUUGGAAACAGAUGGUACAUUUUUCUGCUAUAAUGUUUUAAGUGAUGAUCUUCUGAGUGAGCAGCUGAAUUCUCUGUAUAAAGAAUGUUCGAGUGGAACAGUUCCAGUCUUGAAAUGCCCUUCUAUAGGAAAUUUGUGCUGUGCGCCAUACUUAGAAGAUGGAAAUUGGUACCGAGCAUGCAUACUGAAGUUGUCUGAUAACAUUGCAACUGUGCGCUUCGUCGACUAUGGCAACACACAAACUUGUGACGUUACUUCGAUUUUGGAACUUAGCGAUCAAUUCCGUAAAAUGCCAAUACAAGGGAUUCAUUGUUUGUUGUCAUCAAAUCUUGACAAUAAUGAUUUGAUUCAUGCACUGUCUGUACUCAGAGAUCAGGAAGUUGUUGUUGAGUUUGUCAAUGUAGAUAUCGAGCCUUAUGCAGUCUGCCUUUAUCACAACGGUAGCAUUGUUGGCCUAAGAACUACAUCUCCAGAUCUUGAAAGAUCCACGCAAUUAUAUCCAAUGACAAUAUUGCCGAAGGAUGCAAACAUUUACAAACAUCAUACUCUAACAAUAGGUGCAAAAAAGGAUAUCAUUCUCAGAGAGACAAACAAUCUCAAAUCGCUUUGGUGUGUUUUAACAGAAAGUCAUGCAGAUUUACAAAAUUUAACAAAUGAAAUAAACGAAAUGUACAAUAGUGUGAUAGAAGGAACGUACGACUUGAACCCCGCACAAUCAGAUUAUGGUGGUCCGUGUGUAACUCAAGAUCCAAAGGAUGGUAUGUGGUAUCGGUCUAAACUACUAUCUAUCACUGGUCCAAACGAAUGCAAAGUACUUUAUGUUGAUUGUGGAAGAACAGAAAUUGUUUUGAAAAACAGUGUCAAAAUCAUUAGUGAGGGUCUACUGAAAUUGCCUGUUUUUGCACUCAGAUUUACACUCACUUCUAUACUAUCAAUGAGUGGAGUCCCAUUACCUGUAGAUCAAUGGCGGAUGUUAUUGCAGCAAGGUAAAAAUAAAUCAUUUGCUGGUGUUUUCACUGAUUAUGAUGUUGAAAAAGAUUUGUACUUCGUUGCUCUUCAUGAUAUAGCUGGCCAUUUCAAAGCAAAAGCAACUGGUUCAGAUGUCAAAGUUCAACUCCUGAAUGUGCCCCUCAAUGUCGAAGUUCCCAUUCGGAUAACUUCUGUGGAAAACCCUGGGUGCAUAUGGGUUCAGCUUUUGGAUUACCAGGCUAAUUUGAUUGUUCUAACUGGAAGGCUUAAUGCUUAUUACAAUGAGCUGCCUAAUCACGCUCUAAUUCUUGAGAAUAUAUAUCCAGGACAGAUAUGUUGCAUGAAAUCGUCCAAGACAAAGAAUUGGUGCAGAGGGGAAAUAGCAUUCAUGUAUGAUGAUGUGAUAGAAGUGAAGUUUUUUGAUUUUGGAUAUGUGGAAUCUGCUCAUUUAUCGGAUGCAAAGACCUUAAUGCCUGACUUUUUAUCUCUACCUUGUCAAGCAGUUUGUUGUUGCAUCCAUAAUCUUAGACCAAACAGUCAAAAGUGGUGUAAUGGAAGUGUGAGAUACCUGAAAGAGUUUGUGGCAAAAACAGGGGUCAGUGCAAAAUUUGUAGACCUGAAAAUGAAUGUGUAUGCAGCUUCAAUUCUUGUUUCAACCAAAGAUGAGAAUAUUCUUCUGGGCAGCAGAUUAGUAUCUAAAGGACUGGCGUCAUGGGCUGAUUCAAAUGCGGAAUUGGAAGGUGAGACACCAUUGAGAAUUCCAUCACCCCAAGUCCUACCUCAAUCUGCACAUGUAUUCUUCGGUCAUCCAGGCAUUUCUCUCAUUGGCGCUCAGUUCCCCGUCAUUGUAUGUGAACCAGCAGUGCCAAAUGAUUUCUUUGUUUUACCAGCUAAUUCAGAAGUCAAAGUAACAUAUGCUAAACUCAGAAGAGAAUUGAGACCUUAUGCUCAAUUAGACUCACCUAUUCAAACCAACAUGUACGUGGGAAUGCCUUGUGUAUGCGUUUUGAGAUCUGAUUGCUUCAGGGCUGCUGUGGUGUCAAAUGAUGAUCCACAAAAUCCAGUCGUAUUUUUGGUUGACUAUGGUGAGAAAAAACAAGUUCCGAUUGAUUGCCUCAAGUCCAUAUCACCUAUACACAUAACAUGUAUACCACCUGUUGCAAUACGUUGCACAUUACAUGGAAUAUUAGAACCUGAAAAUGAGUUUUGGUCGAGUAAAGCUCUUUUGCUAUUUUCCAAGUUUUGCAAGGAAAACAAGAGAGAUCUUGUUUGUACUAUAUAUGGUUGUGUAACGGACGGCGUUUCUCAGUUUUUCAUGGUUAAAUUCCAAACACCUUUUCAAGAUAUUGCGUCCGAUCUUGUAAAAUCUGCAAACUGUACAAUGUUAGAUCCAAUAGGAAACAUGUUUCCUCCCUUUGCAUUGAAGUCAUUUGUUUAUUCAAGUCUCGGAGCAGGAAUAGGAAAAGAAGAUCAAUUCUAUGUCACGCAUGUUGAAAGAUCUGACCUAUUUUAUUGCCAACUCUCGAGUAAAUUUGAGGAAAUAGAUGGCUUUAUGGAUAGAGUUCAAAAUUACUGUUCGAAGUAUAAACAGAAAAAGAUUGUUACUGUCAAGGAUUUGGAGUUUUCUCCUCUUUGUUUGGUUCUUUACGAAGAUGGCAAAUGGUACAGAGCUCAUUAUAAUUCAAAUUCAAUACAUUCGCCCAAAGACACUGUAGCUGAGGUUAUAUUUGUUGACUAUGGUAACAUAUUUGUGACUCCUUUGUCAAAUAUUAUCUUAUGUGAGAAAGAUUCUGGUCUCUCUGAUGUAUCGAUAUUUGCCUUAGCAUGCUGCUUAUCUGAGAUAAUCACUUCAAACUCUGAUUUGGCAAUAUCUAAUGAUAUAUUCAUCAGAAUGAAGGAAAAAUUGGAAAGGAGGCAGCUUUCCGGGAUUGUUACCGGAAGUACAAAUGGUAGAUUACAUCUGGACUUUUUUGUGAAUCAACAGAGACUCAAUGAAAUGAUUAUAACUGGGAAUGUGAGUCCGAUUACUUUACCAGCAAAAGAUGAGAAAUUCAGAAGAGAACCAUCUCUGAAAGGAAAAUUCAAAGAUAUACCUGCAAUCGAACCUAAAACUGUUCAUUCAGUAUAUAUAUCACAGGUGAAAAAUCCCAACUAUAUCCAUGUUCGACUUGCUGAAUAUGAGGAGCAGUUUAAAGAAUGUAUGUCGGAAGUUGAUGGCUUUUAUACUGCAGUGCGAAGACAAGAUUAUUCUGUGCAGCAUAUUCAAAAUGGAAAUGUAAUUUGUGCAAAACAUCCUUUGACUUUGCGAUGGUGUAGGGGUAUUGUUAUUGACUGUGUUUCAAAGGAACCUGAUGAAGCUCUUGUGGAGUUUGUUGACAUCGGAGAGCAGGAAUUUGUAUCGAUAGAAGACAACAUCAAGAGACUUGUCCCUGGUAUGCUGCAUUGGCCCAGAUUGACUAUAAAAUGUCAACUUGCCAAUGUGCUACCAGUAGGAAAGUCCUGGGACCCUGAAAGUACAGAGUUCUUUUUGCGUACAGUUCAAUAUGUUAAUUGCCGAAUUCGCUUCAAUGCUUAUGAUGUUACUAAUCGAACCUGGGCUAUUGAUAUAAAGAUUGAAGGCCAGAAUGUGGCCCAUAUGCUUGUUGAGAACAAUUUCGCCAAAUGUGUUAAAGUCCCAUCAAGCCAAGCAAGUGGAUGUUCAGAAUAUGUCAAAACGAAGAAAAUUAAUUCAUGGCCACAGGGUACUGCUCGCAAAGUUUAUAUAAGUCAUGUAGAAUCAAUAAAUCAAGUAUAUCUUCAGCCUGUUGAAUCUGAAGCUGCUCUGAAUACCUUGAUGAAUAAACUGAAUGAUUCAUCUCUUGUUAUGAAAAAUGUGGCAAACAGGCAACUGCGCCUUGAUAUUAGCUAUGCAGCAAAAUUCAAUGAGGAUAAACAAUACUAUCGUGCAAAUCUUUUAUCCCUUCCUGAUCUUAAAAAACCUGAUUCAAUUCAUGUGAUUUACACUGAUUAUGGAAAUGAAGGAUUUGUGAAAAUAGAGGAUUUUCGUCAUUUACCAAAAGAGUUUACAAUUCUUCCAGAGCAAGCAAUUAAAUGCAAUGUCAAACAUCCAGUUGGCAUCGACAAGGAGGUGCUGACAGCAAAACUUGAAAGUUUGGCUGGCGAUGAAAAUUCUUCCAUUUCUGCUGAGUGUGUCAAGAUAGAAUCAUUGACUUUUCUUGUUGAUCUCACUAUAGUUGAUACAAAUCAAAAGAGGACUAAGUUUUUGGAAUUUUUUGCUAGAACUGAACCAUCUGCUGAAGCAUCACUGCAGUAUACGAAAAUUGAUGUAAAAACCAACAUACAGACAAAGGUUUAUGUUGCUCAGAUAGAUAACCCACAGCGGAUAUGGAUUCAACUCUCAUCUAAUGCUCCGGAUUUAGAUAAAAUUAUGAGUGAAAUUGACGUUUUCUGUAAUACUAAUUCAACCAAACUAACAGAAUUUCAAACUAGUACUCCAUGCUUAGCUAAGUACUCUGCUGACGAUGGCUGGUACCGAGGAAUGAUUCAAGAUUACAAUAAAACUCUGGGAUCUGCAACUAUACAUUUUGUUGAUUAUGGCAACACUGAAGCAGUUAAAUUGGGCAACCUGAAGCCUAUGAAUAUACAAUUCAUAAAGCUUCCUGUGCAAGCAAUCCUUUGUAAACUUCGCAACAUGAUUGGACUCGAUUAUUGGACAACAAAUGACACUGAUGAUUUUGUUGAUCGUGUCAGUGAUGUUCAGCUAACGGCAUUAUUUCAUCUUGCAACUGGAAAAACCAGUGGAAAAUUUGUGUCAAAUGUUUACGAUGUGGACCUGAUAUAUCCAUGUGGAAAAUCACUAAAUACAGAAUGGAAUGAAACUUUGAAAGAUCGUACUAUUAAUCUUACAACUGAUGCUUCAAGGAUGUCGGAAGGUGCAGGUGAUAGCUUAAUUAAUACAAAAAACACGAUUAGUUUACAUGAUUCGGAAAACCAUAUUGUCACUGAUAGGGGUGAUCAUGUCAUUGUGGAAAAUCUUGUUCCUCAAACUGCAAGCAUCGACUUUGAUACAUCAACUUAUCUUAAAACACCAAAUAUAGUCUCUGACUUAGAGUCUUUGUUUAUGGAAUCCGGAGCUAUUGAAAAUGGAUUUAUCAGUCAUUGUAAUGAUCCUGGCCAUUUUUAUGUACAAUUAGCCAAACACGUUUCAGAUCUUGAUCAAAUUUAUAUGAAUACCGCGCAGAAUACUUCACAAGAAUCUGUAGAAGUUGGAAUUGGAAGAUAUUGUAUUGCUAAAAGUCCUGAUGAUGAUGAGUGGUAUCGUGCUAAAUGUGUGGAUAUCCGUGAUGAAAAGUUUAUUGUCCAAUUCAUUGAUUAUGGAAAUACUGCUACUAUUGAUUCAAAUAAUCUAAAACCAAUGUCUGACGUAUUAAAAUGUUUUCCUAUACAAGCAAUAGAAUGCAAAUUGCAUGGUGUAAUACCAGUACAAACUGGAUGGGACUCUGUAACAGAUUCAUUUUUGGAUUUAACUUUGGACAAGGACUUAAAGAUUGAGUUCAUCAAGCAAACUCAAACUGGAAUAUGGUUUGUGAAAUUGAAUUUUGAAGGACUUGAUAUCGGUGAAAAACUUUUGAAGGAAAACGAUGGCAAAUUGGUUUCAAGCUGUAGUGCAAAGACUAGUUUGGAAGGUAAUUCUCAAACUUACCAGCUUCAAGUUGGAUGUAUUUUGUGUGCUAAGGUGGUUGACAUUGACAUCUCUGGAAAUUUCACAGGAUUCCUGCUGAAUAUUUCUACCCAUAAACUGGUUACGGAAUUGAAAAAUUUUGUGAAAACAAUUAAAGAUGAUGGUGGAUAUGUAUCUAUUCGAUUUGAAGAUCUUCACCCAGGGACAGUAUGCAUGUACAAAACAUUUGCAGGUUGUGACUGGCAAUGUGUUAGAAUCAUCAGGGUAGGAUGUGAUGGUAAAGCUAAGGCUUUCGAUAUAUCAAACAAGAGAAAUGUUGAAUUAGACAGUGGUGAAAACAUGUUUAUUGAUGUAACACCAGAAAUAAGAAAAGACAUUGAUAAACUGUUUGUAAAUUGUGUAACUAAAUCUUCUAUGGCUGUUAAGUUGCAUCUGGAAAAUGAUUUGGGAAAAAUUGUUGCAAUUAAUCUUUUAUCUCUGGAUGAAGCUUUAUGUCGAUGGAUUGUUAAAACUUCAUUUCUUAAGGACAAUGUAGAAGAAUCUACAGAUGAGAACACUCUUCAGGUUGAUCCAAUUUUACAAAACGGAACACCGAGUAUUCUUAUAACAAAUACUGAACGAAAGUCAUCUGCUGAAACAAGAAGCAAAACAGGCAAUAAAAGCGAUAUUGGGAACUGGAUAAACGAACACUUUUCAAAAUUGGUCAACUUUUUCAGUUUGGGAGAAGAAUUAUUCCUAGACUGUCCAAGUGCACUCGCUCCUUUACAUGUUGCCAUGUUUAGAUCAAAAUAUGCCAUCGCUUUGCAUUUGACAGAGGAAGAAAAAGCCAGAUUUGAUAUCAAACCCCAGGACGAAAGUCCAAUCAAUGACAGACUGAAAAGAAUCAGUGGAGAAUUAAUGCAAAUUAAUGAGAAUGAUUCUUUGCCUGCAAAGAAAUUAAAACUCGAUAUGAACAAGAAUAAUCCUGGAUUUGGGGGAACAGAAACGGGAAUGUUUUCAGUUGGUAAUAAGUUUGAAGCGAUUAUUUCAAGUGUCGUGCAUCCUGGUCAAUUCUAUGUUCGACCAUUUUUAGUCAUGUCAGAACCUGUUACAUUAGAGCCAACCAGUAAAUUCAAGGAUGUUAAAAAUCGAUUGAAAAAAUUACUGCCAGAUAUGCUUUGCAUUGCCAAAUGUUCAGAUUCCUCAUUUCCUGUACAUCACUGGGUUCGCGCUAUCGUUGAAGAUUGUGAUGGUGAAAACAUAUCAGUGAAAGACAUUGACACUGGUAUAAGGUUUGUCGCUUUAGCUGAAAACGUUUUUCCAAUUGGAGAGAAAGUGGAAUCAUGGCCUUCGUUCUGUAUGCAUUGCUCUCUUGCGGGAAUUCAACCCUGUAAUUCAAGCGGUGAAGGAUGGUCUGACACUGCUAUCAAGAAACUUGACAGUUUGUUGGGAAGCUUAAGCAUGUCUGAUUGCAUAGAAGUACAUAUUGUAUCGAUUGUUUUUAAUCCUGAUUUGUGCCAAGAUAUUUAUGAAGUCGAUGUAUUUUUGAAUGAAAAAUCAGUUGCUGAAACUCUCAUCACUCUUCAAGUUGCGGAAAAAAUACAUUUAAAAUUAGGAGUAGAUAAAGAAAACCAAGUUUGCAGGCUGAAAAAAUCUGAUGAUCUAGACAGAGGAGAGACCAGAAGGCCAUUUACAAUCCUUAUGCCUAAGGGUAUAAAAAGGCAACCAUCUGCCAUUCUGCGAACUCCGAAUUCAUCCGACUCUGUGGGUCACUCUAUGCCAAAUUUCGAUCUUCUCGCAGUACCAUGGAGAGUUAUAAGAACGUCUAUUGAAAGGUAUUCUUCUGGGAGUCUCUCAGACAGUGUAUUUGUUUCUGAUGUAGAAGAUUCCUUUAUUGGAUCUGCAGAACAUCCACCUAUUGUUAAACAACAAACUCAUUUGACAUCUUUCAAAAUUUACUGCAGUACUAUAUCAUCUGAAAGUCCAGACGAAGGAGAGACAACUUUGGCUGCAGAUUCGAUAGAAAAUAUCUUGAUUUCCAACAUAAGAACAGAAAUAUCUGAAGCUAGUGUUUCGUCGUCACUAUUGAACCUUCUCACUCCAGCGACUGCUACAUCUUCUGAACAAAAUGAUAAUAAAAUAACAGGUCAAAAUAUUGAAUCUCAAGAUGUUUUUGAAAUGAAGUUAAAAGAGGUGGCUCGUCAAGUUGUUGAAGAAGUUUUUCAGACAAUUGAAACAGAAGAUGAUAUCGGAAAUACCAUAUCGGAAAUACUAGAUCCAGAAGAACUUACUAAAAUGCAGAAAGAGAAUCUUCGUAACCCUAGCUCAUACCAUGUUCAAGAGCUGGCUGAAGCCAAACAAGAAGAAGAAAUCAUACAUGCAAUGGAAAGUCUUGUUCUUACUGAAAUGCCGUCACAAUCUAUAGACGUUGUAGACAGUUUUACACAUCAAAAUAAUCAACCAGAAAGCAAUUUUGAUUCAGAGACUGGUAGUAAAGAGCAGAAUGUGUCAGUUCCUUUAAAGCCUGAAAUAAAAGACCAAGAAAUUAAAGAAGUACAGGAAUGUAUUUCAAUUGACAUAAACAACAUUAUUGACGAAAACCUAGAAUUGGUUAGGGAUGAUACUGACAAUGCUGUUGUUGGUGAUGUUGAUCUUUGUGAGAUUCCUAAUCCAAAUGUAGACGUAGCUGAAAUGAAUUCUCAAGAACCCGGUCAACAGCUUUAUCCAGUCGAAGAGCUGGAUGCCGAUAAAAUUGAAUUGCCAAGUUCUGGUGAAAAUACAAUUGACGAGGAUUUUGCACAUAAGAGGGAAGAAGUAGAUGACCUAUCAUGUGAGAUGCCGAACCCAGAUCAAAUUGAAUCAAAGACUCCUCAACAAGAUAUGAUGCAAAAUGCCACUGACAAAACUGGUUUCAUGCCUGAAAAUGGCUCCUAUGUUCUGUCAAUGGUAGAACAUUUUGAAAAGCAACAAGAACAAACCGCUAACCAAGAAGAAUGUUAUUCUGAUUUACCAAAAUCUGAUGUGGAAGACCCUAUCAAUCCUGAUUUCAAGUCGAAUAUAGAAGAUCAUGAUUUCUUGAAAGAGGACAUUGACAAAAAUGAGAAAUCAACCGAAGUAAAGGAUAAUAUUUUUGAUGAGAUUAAGGAUGAAGAAGAUGUAGAAAAUGAUAUUAAAGCAUCAGUUGACCAAUGCUCGUAUCCUCAUGCAAAUCAAAGAUUUUACAUCUGUUGUUUACCUAAAAUGCAACUAGAAGUUGGUGAUCCCUAUCCAGUCGCUUACUUGAGUUCGAAAGAUCCUCACAACAUACAACUCCAAUUUGAUAUGGGUACAGAUUCAGACGAAUGGAGAAGCACAUUGUGCAAAAUAAAUGAUGCUAAACAUGUGAAUGAAUUAGUUAAACUUGAUUCAUGGGAAACCGACAUGAUGUGUCUUGUACAAUGUCCUUCCGAUGGAUCGUGGGAUCGAGGUCGAAUUGUAUCAACAGAAAAUGAUGAGAAGUAUAUUGUUGAAUUGGUUGAUUAUGCCGAUGUAAUGACGGCAACAAUUGAUCAACUCCGAGAAAUACCGGAAAGUUUGUGUCUUUAUCCAAGACAAACUGUUCAAUGUAGUCUGGGAGGAAUCACUAUGAGAGAAGAAAAAUCUGAAGUUGGAUCUUGGAGUUCAGAUGUUAAUCAAUAUUUGAAUGAUCUUUUGUUUUGCAAUACUUUAAAAGCUGAGGUAUUACAAGUAAACGAAAGCACGACAGAAGAAUGUUAUACAAUUCAACUCUUUGUCUUGGAUGAUAAUAGUGUGGAAAUCGAUGUUGCUAAAGCUUUGAUCGAUGCAAACUUGGCUCAAAAGUUGCAGAAAGAUGAAGAAAAGAAAGGUGAUGAUGAAUGGUCCACGAUGACCGAUUCAGCUUGGGAAACCCUUUUGAAUCCAGAUUUCAGUAGCACUGACCAGUUACAUAGCAGUAACGUUGAUCUAUCAAGCAUGGAUGAUCCUUAUCCUGAUCAAAAUGAAGCUGGAGAUUCCUUGGAAAUUACUCCUGAAAAAACUGAAGAAGAAAAAUCUCCCACAGAUGAAGAAGUUCAUAAAGUUGCUCACGAUAUAAAAACGAAAGUUCUUGCUGGAGCUCUUAUCAUAGCUCAAAUAGAAGAUAAUAAUUCUCUUGGUGAUAAAUUUUCUGGUGGAAAGAAAAGAAGAAAAUCGAAAGAUAUUUACAUUGAUUUGGAAAAAAUUCCACAAAUUUUGGUUGAAGCAUAUGAAUCUACUGAAAUUGACUAAAAACAUUGAACUGUUUUCGUUUCAUUUACACUGUACGAUGUACAGAAACAUUGUAUAAUUUGUCCCCAUCAUGACAAUGCAACUCGAAAACCUAAAGGUAUAACUGGACACAACCUACCUCUAAAAAUUUUUGUACCACUAAAUGAUGCCGUAUUCUACAAUCGUAAAAAAAAACGGUUCAAUAUUCAACACUUGUUACCUUAAGAAUCGUGCUAAAUGUGAGACUGUCUCCCAAAUAAUUGUGAUUCAUCAUGUGCCUAUUAAACCCACCAUGACAAUUGUUCCAUUGUUUGUAUAUGAAGUUUUGAGUUAUUCUUUUUCAUUGUAAACGCAUGUUCUUGCCUAUUCACUUUCCCACUGUUUCCUUGAUCAUGAGUUAUUGUAUGUGACUUGCUCAAACUUUGUUCCAAAUAUGCUGAAUCAUUGGCUCAUUCAAGCAUCCAUAGGCAAAGUGUUCUUCAAGUGCUGAACCAUGAAUUCAUUUGCAGCUUACCUGUUGCAUCGUCAAGUUCCUCAUUAUAACAACCAAUGGAUUUGGCUGGAAGCCGAUUCUGAUUCAUUUCAAAAUUUUCACCCAUUUUUGUUUAAAGUACAUCACUGUUUUUCGUGGAUUGGUUUUGGAUAUUUAUUUCUUUAAUUGGACAAACUCUUGUACAUAAGAAUCCUGAAUUGUCAAUUUACUGGAUUGUUUUUCGUUUCUUUGUUAUCACCAAAUAUAAAAAUUUCUCUGCACAAUA